CAUAAACAAAACCGAAGCUCAAUUUGAUAUGGCACCAAGCCAAAUAAGGUUUUACGUUUGUCUCUUUCUUUUCUUCACUAGCUUCCUCAACCUUAUUAGGUGCAAUUGUCCGGCCAAAGACCAUGUUCCCCUCUUCUUUUUUGGGGAUUCGUAUUCUGACGUUGGAAACAAUAACUACUUCUACACCGUUGCUCAGGCUAGUUGCAAGCCUUAUGGAGAAACUUCUUCAAGUACCCCACUGGAAGAUUCUUUCUUUUCUGGAUCUCCAAACUCAGUUAAGUUAUUUCAAAGAUGUCACGAAACAGCUGAGACAGAAACUCGGUGAUGCAGAGGCCAAGACUCUGCUUUCAAGAGCUGUUUACUUAAUCAGGCACAUGAUGGAUGAACCGGAGCAAACGAGUGAAUCAAAGGCAAACAGACUAAGGAAUGAAUCAAGGAAGAAAACAGAUAUGUCAACUCAAGUUGAUAAAAUCCAGUAUUCUCUGCAAACAACUCUCUUGAAAUUCUUCAAGGCAUUGGAAAGCAACGAUUACAUUUUCCGUUUAUACCCAAACUCUACCCUGCUUCAAACGUGUACCAAAGAAGAAUAUGUGGGGAUGGUCAUUGGCAAUCUCACUCACGUUAUCAAAGGAAUUUACAAGGAAGGAGGAAGGAAAUUUGGGCUGCUUAAUGGAGGACCACUGGGUUGCAUUCCAUACGCCAUUGUGAAUGAACUAACGGACAAUGGCUCCUGCGUAGAGGAAGCCACCGAACUGGCCAAGUUACACAACAAAGCACUUCCCUUGACCCUCCAUGAGCUACCAGUGAACUAAUUAAAAGGGUUGUCUAAAUUUGUCUAGUGAUUUCUAAUAUUUGUGGGUUUGUGUUUGAAAGGUUUAAUUAAUUAGUAUUUUGCAGUCUAAUAUAAUAUUUUAUAAUUU